AUGAGAAUCGAAGUGCUUGGAAUAAGUAGAGCUUAUAGCAAAAACUCAUUUAGUAAAAAUCUUAUUAAAAUGUUAUCAAAAGCUGGGGAUGCUUUAAAAUCUGAUAAGAAAGUUUGAACGAUAAUAAUUAGGAGUGAAGUCCCAGAGAUAUUCUGUGUUGGUGCCCCUUCCCUUAAGGAAAGGGCCAAAAUGAAUUCCAGUGAAGUUGGUCCUUUUGUCUCCAAAAUAAGAGCAGAAAUUAAUGACUUUGCCAAUCUGCCAUUGCCAACCACUGCAGCAAUAGAUGGACUUGCACAAGGUGGUGGUCUUAAAUUGGCUCAAGCCUGUGAUACAGGAGUAGCAGCUUCCUCUGCAAAAAUGGGCCUUGUUAAAACAAAGUUGGCAAUUAUUCCUGGUGGAGGGGGAACUCGGUAAUAAUCACAUGCCAUCAGAAUGUCCCUGGCCAAGGAGCUCACCUUCUUUGUGGGAGUCUUUGAUGGCCAGGGACAGAACCAGGAGGCGGAUGCUAUCUACAGAAAGACUCUGGACCUGGCAAGAGAGUUUCUACCUCAGGAAACUGUUGCAAUGAGAGAGGCAAAAUUAGCAAUUAAUCAAGGAAUGGAAGUUUAUUUAGUAACAGGAUUAGCCAUAGAAUAAGCAUGUUACGCUCAAACCAUUCCAACAAAAGACAAACUUGAAGGUCUUCUUUCUUCUAAAGAGGAAAGGCCCCCUCACUAUAAAGGAAAAUAG